UUUGGAUUAAUGCAUGCCACGUGCACAAUUUCUGAGUGCUCGAGUAUCAAGCGUCGUAAUCUGCCAGAGUAUCAAAUAACCUCCCCUCGUAUAUAUAUCCGUUAAUUUCAAAAACACAACUGGACCUCCUCCCUCCGAAUUCAAAAAACGCAAGAAGAUGAUCUUUACAAGGAGACUGAAAACACAUAUCACCCAACUCCCAGAACUAUCAAACCAUCUCAUCAUCCCUCCAUCAUCAUCAUCAUCAUCAUCAUCAUCCAUCCCUCCAUCUGCCCUCCUUCCCCCAUCCUCUGAAAUCGACCGGAUCGCCAAACUCAUCAACGACCAUCCAUUCCCGGCCUCCCCUCUCCACCCAUUGCUCCACCAUCAUCUUAUCCACCUCAAUCUUCUCUCCACCCCUCUCGUCGAAUCCGUCCUGGGCCGCCUCUUCUCCGGACACGCCAAUGGCCUCAAGGCUUUAGAACUCUUCAAAUUCUCCCUCCAAUACCCGACCCACCUUUCUCCAUCCCCCGACUCCUUUGAGAAGACCCUUCACAUCAUCACCCGCAUGCAUGAAUUUGACAAAGCUUGGGAACUGAUGCGAGAAAUCCACCUCAAACACCCGUGGUUGAUAACCAACAAAGCUCUCAGCAUUGUUCUAUCGAAAUAUGCGAAAUUCCAAUCAUUUGAGGACACCCUUGAAGUGUUCGAUGAAAUGGAGAAGCUACUUGUUGGGAGACGAUUUGGGGUUGACGAAUUUAAUAUCUUGCUUCGAGCAUUCUGCACCCAGAGGCAGAUGAAGGAGGCCCGAGCAGUUUUCCGCAAAUUGCAUUCCCGAUUCAGUCCAAACACACAGACUUUGAAUAUAUUGUUAUUGGGUUUUAAAGAAUCAGGAGAUAUUACAUCAGUAGAGUUGUUUUAUCAUGAAAUGAUGAGAAGAGGAUUUAAGCCGAAUGUAAUUACUUAUAAUAUAAGAAUCGAUGCAUAUUGCAAGAAGGGUUGCUUGUCUGAUGCUUUAAGAAUUAUGGAAGAGAUGGAAGGUGCGAGUUUCUCUCCGACGUUAGAAACAAUCACUACUUUGAUCCAUGGUGCAGGUAUUGCCCGUAACCCAAUUCGCGCCCGCCGAUUGUUCGAUGAAAUUCCAAUGAGGAACUUGCGGGCUGAUGUCGGGGCUUAUAAUGCUUUGAUGGGUUCACUCUUUAGAGCAAGAGAUUUGAAGGGGGGAUUGGAUUUGAUGGAUGAGAUGGAAGAGAAGGGUAUUGGGCAUGACAACGUGACGUACCAUACAAUGUUUUUGGGAUUGAAGAAUUCGGAUGGAGUUGGGGAUGUUUGUGAGCUUUAUAGAAGGAUGGUCAAGAAGGAUUUCGUGCCAAAGAUGCGGACGGUUGUGAUGUUGAUGAAAUUUUUCUGUGAGAACCAAUUGCUGGAUUUGGGUUUGGAUCUAUGGGACUACAUGGUAGGGAAGGGAUGUUGCCCACAUGGGCAUGCGCUGGAUCUGUUGGUAACGGCAUUGUGCUGUAGAGGAAAGGUGGAGGAGGCAUAUCGGUGUAUGAAACAGGUGGUGGCUAGAGGGAGGCAUCCAAGUGAAGAAGGUUUUCGUGUGUUGGAAGGGUUUUUAGUGCGAUCCGGGGAGAGGGAGAAGUUGGAGGAGCUUGAUCAGAUGAUGAAGAGAUUACAAGCUGUUUUGCCCCCGUCGAGGGGGCAUGCCGUCAGCCUUUCUGUGGCCAUUAGUAUGAUUUGAGAAGAAAAUCAAUGACUUUAAAGCAAGGUACUUCAGCAGAUCGGAUCUUGCAAAAUGUUCUUUGUACAUUUUGUUAUACAUGUAUUACAUGAUAUUUUUCGAAUGUUUUGGAUACAUGGACAUGCUAAUGCACAUCUUGAGAUGAAUAAAUGUGGAAUUCUCUAAUAGGGAAA